GCCGUGGAUUGCGAUUGCAUGGAUGUGUGGUUCACUCGGAAACGAGCCGCAAGAGGCUAGCCAUUUUCAUCUCCUCCUCGCUGCCCGUUCAAACUCCUGUCGUGGUACGCGAUUGCUGUUAUAUUGCCAUCGCGGUCCCGCGUCUUCUUCCUCCACCACCUCUCCUUCGUUCCUUCUGACUUUGUAGCAUUUGGGGAGUGGUGCGGGACUGCUGGUCAUCCGGACUAACGACUUUUACGACUAACGACUGCCACGAAACAAAGACAAAGAAAAAUCACCGCGGCGCAAGCCCGACAUCUUGGAGGCUAUUUUCGGCCGCGAAGGAAUACAUCACAGAGCCUUGAGCAGUGCAAACUUGACGACGCCUACCUAGCACCUCGUUCGAACUUGCCGUCGUCUCACUCUUCACCAUGGACUUCGCCUUCAAACGCCAAGACGACACUGGCAUAACAACAGAGAUCACCAAGAUCGUGCCUCUCACAUGUCAUGGCCACUCCAGACCAAUCACACAUGUCUCUUUCUCGUCUGCGCUGCCGGGCUCUGGCUCGACUUCGCAGUUCUACAUGAUCUCAUCAUGCAAGGACAACAAUCCCAUGCUUCGCGAUGGCCUUACUGGGGACUGGAUUGGCACCUUCAUUGGCCACAAAGGUGCAGUCUGGAGUGCCCGGCUGUCUGAUGAUGCCACUCUGGCGGCCACGGGAUCCGCAGAUUUCUCUGCAAAGGUAUGGGACACCUUCACAGGAGAAACUCUUCACACGCUUCAGCACAACCACAUCGUACGAGCCGUGGCCUUCCCACCGCAAGAUCGUCCACAGGUCUUGGCCACGGGAGGAAUGGAGAAGAAAUUGCGUAUCUUCGAUCUCUCGGGGACGAGCAGUAAUCUGCGAACGCCUGGUGAAGAGCCGGGUGCGACUUCAGCACCAACGGGCACCUGUAAUCCAGACCCUCCUUCCUAUGAGAUUGGAGCUGGCGAGCAUCAAGGUGCCAUCAAGGCUAUCAUCUGGUCGCGCGAUAUUAACAUCAUCAUCACGGCCGCAGAUGACAAGAAGAUUCGCUGGUGGGAUCUCCGAUCGCAAACCUGUAUUGCACGUUACGAUAUCGAAGGCCUACCGGGUUCUUGUGAGCUGAACUCGGGGUUGGAAGGGUACCCGGAUGGGAUCAUCAGUGUUGCUGCUGGCAAGAAUAUCUACUUCUUCGAUGGCGGUCGUCCUGGCCAGCUUAUCAAACACAUUGCCACGGAGCGAGAAGUGGCGAGUGUAGCGCUGAAUGGCGAGGCGAAGCGAUUUGUGACUGGCUGCCCCAACGACACUUGGGUACACGUCUGGGACUUCGAGACUGGGAGGGAGUUGGAGACCGGCAGAGGACAUCAUGGACCGGUAUGGACAACUUGUUUCAGCCCUGAUGGAAGACUGUACGCCACCGGUAGUGAAGAUGGCACUGUGAAGCUGUGGAAAUUCACAGAAGGCGCCUACGGUCUGUGGAGAUAGGAUGGUCAGAUGAUCCGACAAGGCUACAGCUACCAUGCGCUGUCUUGGUAUUGGUCGUCUGGUGUAUGCUAGCAGAAGAUCUUGGCUACGAAUCGUCGUCAACUGUACUGUAGAAAAUGGCAUGUCAACACUGUACUUCACUGCGCCAGCGAUGACUAUCACGACCUUCCUCACGCUGAGCCACAUACAACCAAAUCUCAAACUUGAGCCUUGCGCAGCCGC